AAUGCGAAUUAGGUAUGACGGAAUAGAUGCUAGAAUAAAUAUGCUAAUCUUUUGGAUAUCUUCAAUUCUUUCGCCAAUUACUAAUGCUACAAAACCUAUUAAUCACAGUGAAAAUAAACUCAAUUAUUUGCUGAGUCGUGUCGAGUCCACAGAAGAUGUUGUCCAACAACUUUUGGGUCGUGUUGAGCAAUUGGCAUCUGACAACGAGGCUCAGCAACAAGUGAUUUCGAACCAGUUGAAUCGUAUUGAGCAAUUAGAGCGACGUGAGUCCGUUCAACAGCAGCUGAAUAUGAACCUGCAAAGACAACUGGCUGUCCAACGGCAGCGUACGAGCUCUUUGGAAAGAUUCAGUGAACGUAUGAAAAUGAUAAUCAGACUAAAUGUAAACAAGCAAAGAGAAAAUAAGGAAAGCGAAGUCACCGUAAACCAAACUCAGUCGAAUAGUGGUAUCAACGUAGCAGAUGAAAUAGAAAAUACCGUGCAAUAUCAUACAGCCUCUUCAAAGGACAAGCAUAGUACCCGUGCAAGGAUUCGACGAGUUGAAAACGAGCAAAAUGUAGCUUUCUUUGCCACAUUAUCUAACCACCUGCAGCACGCUGGUAUAGGACAGACAUUUGUCUUCGACAGAGUUGUGACCAACGUUGGCAAUGGCUACCACAACUUCAAUGGUAACUUUAUCGCCCCUGUUUCCGGAACAUACGUUUUCUCGGUGACGUUGAUGUCUCUUUACCACAAUAAUGGUCACGCUCAAUUCGUGAAAAAAGGAAGCCCUGUAAGUUACGUGUACGUCAGUGGAUCGGAAGCUGGAUAUGACACUACAAGUCAGACAAUUGUGCUAGAGCUUCAUAAAGGGGACGACAUCUUCAUCCAAAACAACGAUGCUGAUAAAUCCUACCAUGGUGCCCAUUACAGCACUUUCUCUGGGUUUUACUUCACGAAAAUGUUUCAGAUCAAGUUGAUGUCGGACGAAAGUAAACUGUGGAAAUGAAAUGAUUGUUUUAUCAUAAAGUUUAUUUUAAUAAACGCACAAGCAUGGCA